GAUUGUCCAGCAGGUUUCACGACGCUGUCUCUCCUGAGUUCCGUGUAGUAUCGCUAAAAAACAUGUCUUAUAAACCAGUAACACACGUGCUUUUUGAUAUGGAUGGAUUGUUAUUAGACACAGAGAGGUUGUACACAGUUGCAUUCCAGGAAGUCUGUGACAGGUUCAAUAAGCAGUAUACCUGGGAAGUGAAGUCCUCUGUGAUGGGCAAGAAAGCUCUGGAGGCAGCCAGGAUCAUAAGAGACCAAAUUGAUCUCCCCAUGACCCCCGAAGAGCUCCUGGAGGAGACCAGAAACAUUCAGGAGCGAUUAUUUCCCACAGCCUCUCUAUUGCCAGGUGUAGAAAAGCUUGUCAAGCAUCUACACAAGCAUGGCAUUCCUAUUGCUGUUGGCACAAGCUCAGCAGGUCUAACCUUUGAGAUGAAGACCAGCCGUCAUAAAGUGUUCUUCAGCCUCUUCAGUCACAUUGUACUUGGAGAUGAUCCUGAAGUAAAGAAUGGCAAGCCACACCCUGACAUUUUUGUGAUUUGUGCCAAAAGAUUCUCUCCCCCAGCCAACCCUGAACAGUGCCUGGUUUUUGAAGAUGCUCCAAAUGGGGUAAAGGCGGGUCUGGCAGCUGGAAUGCAGGUGGUGAUGAUCCCAGAUGAUAACCUGGACCGCAGCCUCACCCAAGAGGCUACAUUGCUGCUUAGAAGUAUGGAAGAGUUCAGACCAGAAAUUUUCGGUCUUCCAGCCUACCCGUAAGGACAGUAAUCAGCACAGUGAUUUAAAUUCCAAAACGCUAUAUCUUGUCAAUUUUUGAAAAAUGGAACCAGGCUGCAGUGUAGCUCCUGCAAUCAAAAACAGGAGAAACUAAUCUCAACCAUUAUUUCUGUCAGCCAUGGACUUGCUGUUCAAGGACUCAACAGAAUGCUCAUUGUUUCACAACUCUGAUUCAUUUUCCUUUGACCACCCGAAUAACACUGAGACAAAUUUUGAUUAUGCCACUCAAUUAGCCUCAAUCGGACCAUUAGGCCAUAUUGACAUUUUGCAUUUCAACCAAUUACAGGGUGUCAUUUUCUUUCUUUAAUUUUUUUUUAUCCAAAUACAGAUGUCUUGAGUGUUUAUAUUUGUGUCUUUGUGUAUAAAUCUCUAAUUCGUUGCAGCUUUCAAGCUCACAACUUUCUGGUCAUGGUUUAAAUUUACAGUAAGUGAUGGUUUAACAAUCCCACUCUCUAGCCAUGUUUUCUAUUAGCAUUACCUUUCCUCUUUGAGGUCUAUUAAAAUACCAAAGAGAUUUUUGAGUUUGAACCAUGUGGCCUAAUCCAAUAAAAGGGAUCCGAGAACACAGUCGUCUUUCAUCUUCUUCCAGUGUCCGCCCUCACAGAGCUGAAGUUAACAUGUUCACUCACUUCAGUGCUGUCCAACAUCUCGGAGAGUUCAAGCCCACCUUCUUUCAGCCUUCCCCUUUGGUAGGAAGAAAAGGGUUUUUGCCAGCAUCCUCUUCCUCCUUUGCAUGUGCCAUGUCCUUUCAUCCUUAAAGAUGGGGCAAUCUGGAAAGCGUUUCCUUCUUUAGGACUUCCCACUCCAAGAAGGCCUUUUACAUGUAAUUUCACACCUAAAGGAUCUAAGGCUUAGGGUGUGAGCGACUGGGCCAUGUGUGCAUACACCACUGUUAUAAAUUAACUGUUAACUGUUUUUAUUAAGGAGCAACAUUUCUCCUGGUGCAAUUGAUUUUCAGGGGCAUUUUUAC